AUAUGCGUUACUGGUGUGGGUUAAGUUGAUAAAACCACAGACACCUCGAAAGGCUCUUUGCUGAGGUGGCGAGGAAGGAAAAAAAAUGACAUGUUGCACAGCGAAGGAGAAGGAAAAGAGAAAGAUGCUUGUUGCCCUGCCUCUUCCCCCUUAUAUUCACGCGGGGGAUGUUGACGGGCAAGACUGAGGGCAGAAACUACAUUUCCCAGAAGGCCGCGCGAACGGCAACCAUUUCACCUUUGUACGGGGAUCUGCAUCGCCGGCGGAACUGCAUCUCCAUGAAGUCACUGAGCGAGGAGGCGGUCCUCAAGCGCUUGUUCGUCUCAAUAGCGGCAUCAUCGCCGUUUCCCCCCACCUCUUCCGGAGCUGCUGCCUCUUUCGUUGCCUGGCCUGUUCCAGGACUGAUGUGGUAGGAGUUCGGUAGAAACUGAAUAAAAAACAUGGCAGAGGAAGCUGGAGAUGAAAAGAAGCUGGUGGCCAAGUUUGAGCUGGAGAGGGAAACAGAGCUCCGCUUUGAGGUUGAAGCCUCACAAAUAGUCCAGCUAGAACUUAUGUCAGGAAUGGCUGAGAUUUUUGGAACUGAACUGACACGCAACAAGAAAUUCACUUUCGAUGCUGGUGCUAAAGUGGCUGUUUUCACUUGGCAUGGCUGUUCUGUGCAGUUGACUGGUCGGACUGAAGUAGCCUAUGUCUCAAAAGACACUCCCAUGCUGCUGUAUCUCAAUACCCACACGGCCCUGGAGCAGAUGCGGUGGCAAGCAGAGCGCGAAGAUGAACGGGGGCCUCGAGUCAUGGUGGUGGGCCCCACAGAUGUAGGAAAGUCAACUGUCUGCCGCCUCUUGUUGAAUUAUGCUGUGCGCCUGGGGCGCCGACCCACUUUUGUGGAGCUGGAUGUAGGCCAGGGCUCAAUCUCCAUCCCAGGCACCAUGGGGGCACUCUAUAUUGAGCGACCUGCAGAUGUGGAAGAAGGAUUCUCAGUGCAGGCCCCUUUGGUCUAUCACUUUGGGUCCACAACGCCUGGCACUAACAUCAAACUUUAUAACAAGAUCACAUCUCGCUUGGCCGAAGUCUUUAACCAGCGAUGUGAAGUGAACCGACGUGCUUCUGUCAGUGGUUGUGUCAUCAAUACCUGUGGCUGGGUGAAGGGAUCUGGGUACCAGGCGCUUGUUCAUGCUGCAUCUGCCUUUGAAGUUGAUGUAGUAGUAGUACUAGACCAAGAGCGCCUCUACAAUGAACUGAAACGGGACUUGCCUCACUUUGUCCGGACAGUGCUGCUCCCCAAGUCAGGUGGAGUGGUGGAGCGCUCCAAGGACUUCCGGAGGGAGUUUAGAGACGAUCGCAUACGUGAAUACUUCUAUGGCUUCCGAGGAUGCUUCUACCCACAUGCCUUCGAUGUCAAGUUCUCUGAUGUCAAGAUAUACAAGGUGGGGGCCCCCACCAUCCCUGACUCAUGUCUGCCUCUGGGUAUGUCGCAAGAAGACAACCAACUCAAACUGGUGCCAGUUACACCUGGCCGUGACAUGGUGCACCACCUGCUCAGUGUUAGUACUGCUGAUGGCCCUGAUGAGAACAUUGCUGAGACUAGUGUGGCUGGUUUCAUUGUAGUUACUGGAGUGGAUCUAGAACGCCAGGUCUUCACAGUGCUUUCACCAGCACCUCGCCCUUUGCCCAAGAACUAUCUGCUCAUCAUGGACAUUCGCUUCAUGGAUCUCAAGUAAAGCAGCAUUAGCAGCAGUCAGACUUUACCCAACUACUGCUAGCUCGCUCAUGAACAAAGCCAUUACAAUACUAAAUGCAAGAGCAUUAUCAUAAAGAUUGCAGAAGAUCAAAUGGAGUCACUAGAAGGAACAAGUACAGUUUGAACCAUUUGAAAUAUUCUUGUCUGUUCUCCUCAGCCAGUUCAAAGAACUAGGUGGUAUUACAGAUGGUGAAGCUGAGAAGAUUGAUAGAUUUUAUUAUAUGAAUAACUGUAACGGAUAAAAAAAUACUGCCUGCUUAGUGAGCUAGGAAUUUCUUGUUUUUAUACAUUACUUUUCUUGUCUGAGAUCCUUCCUAACAUUGUUUUUGUCUUAUCUGAAAUUGACUUUGUUAUAGAAAGGGCAAAAUAUUUACUUAUUUUUUUAACCUCAAUAAAUUCCCAACCACA